GAGGCCUUAAUUUAGCUUGGAACACUGAAAAGAAACAGAAUGAAGGCCAUCCUAUACAUGCUGCUGUGUGUUGCAGUUGCGUACGCUUUGCCGAUACGUUCAGAUAGGAGAGAAGAAGAAAAGUUGCAGCUUAUUCAGCAAUACUUAGAAAAAUAUUACAACUUUACCUAUGAUGACCAACAAGGCUUAAGAUGGAAAGAUGGAAGUCCAAUGGCUAGAAAAAUCAGAGAAAUGCAGGAAUUCAUGGGCCUAGAGGUGACAGGUGAUUUGGAUUCUAAAACUCUGGAGGAGAUUCAGAAACCACGGUGUGGGAAUCCUGAUGUUGGGGACUUUGCCUUUUUUGGAGGAAAUCCCAAAUGGGAAAAGAAACACUUAACCUACAGGAUUCUGAACUAUACACAAGACAUGAGACAAGUUGAUGUUGACAAAGCAAUUGAGAAAGCUUUCCAAGUUUGGAGCCAAGUGACGCCACUGACAUUCAGAAGGAUUUUGGAAGGCAAUGCUGACAUAAUGGUCUCCUUUGCUCGCAGAGACCAUGGUGAUUUCAAUGCCUUUGAUGGGCCCGGAGGCACCCUUGCCCAUGCCUAUGCACCCAGCAGCUCCAACAUUGGAGGAGAUGCUCAUUUUGAUGAGGAUGAGAACUGGACCAAUGGCCAACAAGGCUCAAACCUGUUCAUUGUUGCUGCCCAUGAGUUUGGCCACUCACUUGGACUCUCCCAUUCCAAAGACUCCAAUGCCUUGAUGUUUCCAGUAUAUAGAAAUCCGCAGCUCAAUCAAAAUGUCCUCUCUCAGGAUGAUAUUGAUGGCAUUCAGCACCUCUAUGGGCCAUCAUCCAAUCCAUCUCAAGGCUCAACACAAGACACAUCAAGACAACCCAUCAGACCAGCCCACUUGCCAGCCACUUGUGAUCCACAGUUGACUUUUGAUGCUGUUACUACUUUUCGGGGAGAAAUGAUGUUUUUCAAAGACAAACAGUUCUGGAGAAAGCACCCCCAGAUCAAUGAUGUUGAAUUUAAUUAUAUUUCUUCAUUCUGGUCAUUUUUGCCAUCUGGUGUUGAUGCUGCUUAUGAAAAUACAGACAAAGAUGAAGUAGUUCUUUUUAAAGGCAACCAGUUCUGGGUGGUGAAAGGUGAUGCCAGGCAACCUGGAUACCCUAAGUACAUCCGCCGCUUAGGCUUCCCAGCAGAUGUCAAUAAAAUUGAUGCAGUCCUUUUCAACGCAAAUGAAAGAAGAACAUACUUCUUUGUAACUGAUAAAUAUUGGAGUUAUAAUGAAGGCAGCCAAACAAUGGAGAGGAGACCUAAAAGGAUAAGAAAUGACUUCCCAGGUAUUGAGGGGGGAAUCGAUGCUGCUUUUCAGUAUAAUGGAUUCUUUUACUUCUUCAGGGGAGCAAAUCAAUACAAAUUUGACCCUAAUGCCAGAAGAGUCACUCAGAUCGUGAAGGCUAACAGCUGGUUUUCUUGCUAAGAAAAUGAGACCACUGAAGAUACAAACAUAAAUCCUAUUGGAAAAAAACUACCAGGAUAUCUUAUCCUGGAAGUAUAACAUGAACAUUGUUGUCUUACCACUGGACGCCUCUUGUUCCUGACGUAUAAUAUUAAUUUUUUUGGUAUCAUGAAUGUACAUGGAAAGUUACUGAGUUGGACUGAGACUACAUUUUCUAUUAACCAAAGGCAUCUCCCUCAGCAGAACAGAACUCUUCUGCCUGUUAGCAGCUCUCAAUACCAUGGACUAGUGUCUCUUUCUGGAAAUGAUGGCUAGGUUGAGAGUGGUUCCACUCAGUGGUUCCACUCAUGCUAAACUGGUCAAAUCAAAAAGGGAAGUACCGCUGGGUCCUCCAGGGAUCCAUCUUGUUUCUCUGUAUAGUUUUAGUUUGGCUCAGAGUUUGGCUCAGAGUUUUAGAUGAAUAUAAGAGUGCCGUCAGUGACCGGAUUAUGUCUCUGGCAGUUCAUGACAGAAACAAUGACUAGUUUUUAAUCUGGUUUUAGCAUGUAUAUUUUGUAAUUUUGUACCACUUUUAUAUGUUUGUUUUACCAUACAUUGAUUGUCAGGCCAUCUUGAGUCCAUCGGGAGAUUGGCGGGAUAUAAAUGCAAAGUAUAAAUAAAUAAAUAUCACUAUAUCACCAGUUAAGGUCCUGCGCAGAUGUGAGUCCCGUCAGUUGCCAGUUUGGGGUGGGCAAACCUAAGCAAAAGAUGUUGUUGAAAUUGCUUGCCAUUCAUGUGGUUGAACAAGGCAAAAGAUUAGCUAGUUUCCCUGAACGGCCAACAAACAGGACAUAGACACCAAGGCCUUUCCUCAGUUUUACUUUCUAAAUCAGAGAUUUACCACCUCUGGAAUAGAUGUUCCAUUUAGUUGUUGCGACUUGAGGACUCUGAUGAGCCCACCCUCCAUAAAUCUGUCCAAUCCCCUGGGGAAGGAAAGAGGUAUAUAUAGUGCAAUCCUUGCUCUGGCCAUGGGGGUGGGUCCCCUGGCCUCCACAGAGCAAUAGAAGCCAGGAAGAGGUAAGGGGGCGUUUGGGGGGUUGCAUUGGCAUGAACCAUGCCGAUGCAGCCCCACUGCUCUGCCCCAGCAGAAAUGGCCUAAGAUAAAUAAAAUAAAUAAAAUAUACCUUUCCCAUGCUGUCUGGCUAGGAAUUAAAUUUUUAAAAAAUAGUAAAAGCAAACAGCCUAAUAAGGUUUAAAGAAAACUUUUCAGAUCAGGAAACAUGCAGCAAAAUUAUUAAAUGCAGAAAACAAAUAUACUGGAGACACUUCGAAGUGAUUUUGGCUUUGAGCUUGUGAGUAAAUGACCUGAUGGCCUUUUAUGCAUGUAAGGUAUGUUGAAAACCCAUAAGUGUUUUGAUUAUAAAUGUGUCAGUAGACCAAAGGAAACAGAACUUCUUUGUAUGAUUCACCACAAGGAACUAGAUUGCUAUCUACUGGAUGUUUCAACACAAAUUUCCCUCUUCCUUGCCCCUGAAGCAUGCUGUCUUCUCAUUCUUGCCCAGAGGAAAUGAUACUCUGCAGAGGCAGGAGUGAGAUAGUGCAGGCUCUGGAAGAAAUCAUCUAAUCCAAUGACUGCUGUCACUUGUGAUCUUAAUGACUUGUUAAGCAACUUUUGAUUUUUAAUAAUAGAAGUCUGAAGGAAGCUGAUUCUUAUUCAUCAUACAAUAAAUCUGUAAGAUGGCAAGAACCCAUUAGGAAAUAAAUAUUGGGUGAAUUAA